AUGUGUCGAUUCCAUUCAUCGGGCGAUGUCGAAUACGACAAGGUUGCCUCAGCGAUCAAUCGGAUCCUUGAUGCCACAAAAUCCCGCCAAUUCGACGAGCACGCUAAACCUAACGGGGAUCAACAACAACGCCUUUUGGACUAUUUAAAGUUUGAUCAGAUGGAAUCCCGUCACAUGACAAUCAGAACUGCCCACGCCAAGACUUGCAAAUGGCUACUCAACAAACAUGAGUAUGAAGAGUGGCUCGAUGAUACCAAGCUAUCUAGCCACCAUGGGUUUCUUUGGAUAAAAGGCAAGCCUGCGACGGGAAAAUCUACUCUGAUGAAAUUCGCUCAUUCAACCUUCAAGAAGAGGAAAGAGAACAACAUCAUCAUCUCAUUCUUCUUCAAUGCAAGAGGCCAUCACCUAGAGAAAUCCGCAAUAGGGAUGUAUCGGUCCUUAUUGUUUCAACUUCUAGAUCCACGCCAAAACCUCCCACAUUUAGUUGAUGUGCUGGCGCCGAACGUGCCGGAAAAGCUCAACAAAUGGGAUGUUGACGCUCUCAAGAAUCUGUUCGGUCAUGCCGUCAAAAGUCUCGGUCGACGUCGCCUGACUUGCUUCAUCGACGCAUUGGACGAAUGUAACGAGGACCAAGUGCGGGAAAUGGUGGCGUUUUUCGAACGUCUCGGACAAUUUGCGGUCUCUUCCGAGACUGUAUUCCACGUCUGCUUCUCAAGCCGCCACUACCCGCACGUCACGAUCGAGAAAGGUGUCCACCUUGUCCUCGAAGGCCAGGAAGGCCAUCAGCAAGAUAUCGCCAGUUAUCUGCACAGCGAAUUGAAGGCCGGGAAGAGCAAGCUGGUCACCCAGAUCAAAGAGGAGAUUCUCGAGAGGGCUUCAGGCAUCUUCUUAUGGGUAGUACUCGUUGUUCAAAUGCUUAACAAGGAAUUCGAUCGAGGGCGUAUACAUGCGCUUCGUAGGCGACUCGAUGAGAUCCCAAAUGGGCUGGAUGAGCUCUUCCAAGACAUCUUGACCAGAGACGGCCAGAACUUGGAGGAUCUGGUACUUUGCCUCCAGUGGAUACUCUUCGCCAAACGGCCGUUGAAGACCCAAGAGCUCUACUUUGCCGUUCUAUCCGGAGCUUCACCUGAUGAUCUGCAGAUGACUGCAUGGGACCCUGAAGAGAUUACCAAGCAGGACAUGGAAAGAUUCAUUCUCAGCUCCUCCAAGGGCCUGGCAGAAACGACGAAAUCAAAUCACCAAACGGUCCAAUUCAUACACGAAUCUGUACGGGAUUUUCUCCUGAAAGGGAACGGGCUAGACAGGCUGCAACCUCGCCUCGGUGAUAACUUUGUCGGCCUUAGCAACGAGCGGCUGAAGCAUUGCUGUCAGGCCUACAUGGAAAUCGAUUUCUCUGGGUAUCUGCCCGUGGACACCGAGUUGCCAAUUGCUUCUACAAAGGAGGCUAAGGAACUACGCCAGUUGGCGUCCGAGAAGUUCCCUUUCCUCGAAUAUGCUGUCCACAACGUACUUUGUCACGCGGACACUGCAAGCCAAUAUGAAAUCUCGCAAUCUGGCUUUCUCCAAUCGUUCCCUCGUAAAGAGUGGAUCCACUUGGACAAUGUCUUGGAGAAUUUCGAGAUACGACGUCAUACUAGCGCAUGUAGCCUGUUGUAUAUCCUAGCGGAGCGAAAUUUGUUGAGUCUCAUUGCUGGUGAACUAGAAAGGACGCCGUACUCCGAUGACGCAGCCGAACGUUACUGCUCUCCAUUACAUGUUGCCUUGGCUCAAAAGAACGAAAACGUGAUAAGAGCAUUAUUAGCACAAAAUACCGAUACUGCGC